CAUCAAGCUAGCUCUUUUGUCUCACUCUACGCGAUCUUGUCAGGCUUCAUCUCACAUGCCACACGCGGAAGAAGACACCAUGAGCGGCCCCACCGUCAACGGCGAGAAGCACUCGUCUGCUUUCCUCUCGCACCUUACCUCUUAUCCGCUUGUCUCUGAUGGUAUUUCUACCUUCAAGGCGAAUCCCUACGGCCAAAAGUCCAUUGACGUUGCGGAUGCUGGUUAUGCCAAAUUCGCCAAGCCAGUUCUUCCUUACCUUGCUAAGCCGUACGAAUUCGUUUCUCCCUAUGUCACCAAGGCCGAUGAGCUUGCCGACUCCGGCUUGACCAAGGUUGACGAAAAGUUCCCUAUUGUCAAGGAGGAGACCGAGAAGGUUAAGGGUACUCUUUUCGACUACGCCUUGUUUCCCGUUCAGCUUGCUGGUCAGGGCAAGGAGUACGUCUUCUCUACCUACGGUGAUGAGUACCAGCGUGUCGGCGGCAAGGGUAUCAUCACCACCGGCAAGGCGACCGUUUCCACCGGCCUCCGUAUCACUGCCGAGACUCUGAACUGGCUUAGCGGCUACCUUGGUCCUAAGAAGGAGGCUGCCAAGGAGUCCUUCAACGAUACCAUCCAUGAAGCCAAGGAAAAGAUCAAUGACAAGUUUGACAACUAAAAAGUCGGCAUUCAUGGGCUCUUUUCCCUCGGGUUCAUGUCGUUUGACGUUGGGGGUUUAUUGAAUCUUUCAAGGCGGGUCUGAAGGCUGUUAUUUUCCUUUUCUUAGACUUUUACAUGGACGGUGCCACUCCAGAAUGCACUGUCCCUAUUCCAGCGUCCGGGGCGGGUUUCCAUUUUUACGGGGAGAUGUUGCAACGUUCAUGGGUGAAGUGAGGAAAUGUUUUCAAUGAACGGCGACAAAUGUGUUCUCAAAGGCGCCGGCGUUUUAUUUUCUCACGACGGCACUAUGUCACCAUUCCCUCGUCAAUGGUAAUUAUCAUGGUAAUAAAUGACAAAAGGAUGUGAUGAUAAUUCUGUUGGCCUUUGCACUGUCUUCAAGAGCGCGCUGUGUUUUCACUGUAUCUCCCAAGUGUUAAACUGCCAUUUGACAUUUACUCCACCCUUCAUCGCCCCUUUGACUUCUUU